CUCUUAUACUUAGAAACUGAGGAGAGAGACAGAGAGGAGGAGGGAGAGACAGAAAGAGAAAGAAUGGAUUCAUCCAAAUCAUCUGCAUCACAAAGCACAGAAAGAGAAUGCUUCUCUUCCCACGUGUUCUUAUGGACCGUUGCUGGGUUCUUCAUACUGCUACUGAGUGCCUGUUUUAUCACCAGAUGUGUUGUGACAUAUCACACCUUUCAUCUCUGUGAUGAGAAAAAGUUCCAGCCACCUGAGAAUUUCACGGAGAUCUCCUGCUAUGAUGAUGGAUUAGGUUCAGUCAAGAAUUGCUGUCCAUUGAACUGGGUACAUUUUCAAUCCAGCUGCUAUUUCUUUUCUACUAACACCAUGACCUGGUCAGCAAGCUCAAAAAACUGCUCGAGCAUGGGAGCUCACCUGGUGGUUAUCAACACGCAGGAGGAACAGGAAUUCCUUUACCGUAUGAAACCUAAAAGGAAAGAGUUUUAUAUUGGACUGACGGACCAGGUGACUGAGGGUCAGUGGCAAUGGGUAGAUGGUACACCUUUCACAGAGUCUCUGAGCUUCUGGGAUAAAGGAGAGCCCAACAACAUAGUUACAGUGGAGGACUGUGCCACCAUAAGAGACUCUUCAAAUCCAAGGCAAAGUUGGAAUGAUAUGCCCUGUUUCUUCAAUAUGUUUCGGAUUUGUGAAAUGCCAGAAAGAAAUAGUUGA